AUGUCGCUUCCUAGCCACAUUUCGAUCGGCGCGAAAACUGCCCGUCAGAGGGGCUAUGAGUACCAUUACGACUUGGUGAAAGUCGGGGAAAUAGAGAUGUACAUGUUGAGCAGUGCGAACAGAAAGGAUGACGAGAAGUUGGUGUUGCAGAAAGAAAGCCCCUUUUGGGUUGCUUACAACAUCAAGGAGUCCGAGGACGGCGUGAUCGAUUUUGGACAGCCGCGCUUCCGCACAAAAGAGAACAUGGUCGAGAAGGGUUGGCACUCAUGGGAGAUGUACGACGUUAAGUCCGGACAGUGGGCAGGCGAUCUUCAGUGCUCGACUGAGUGGUCGUAA